AUGACACCGCCUGAUUUUUUACUGCGAGUCCCACCGCUUAAAUUGCACGUACGCAACGCCACCCAAACAACUGGAAAACCAGCAGUAUAUGAGCUCUUUUGUCAAUUUAACAAGAAAGAGGAGGAGAAACAGGACGAGCCGCAGCAAGUGGCUCAAUGGAGUCUUUGGAAGACGUCAUCGCGUGCGUGCUUUUUUCACCAGGAUCAUACGUCGAGUUUUCUCGAGAAACGACGAGCUGAAUUGGAUUUUUACAUGCAACGCGUGAUGCUAUUUCCAGACGUCGUGGAGUUUUCUAAGAGAGCAGGAUGCAAGGUAUUAGCGGACUUUAUUGGUGCAGAACAGCACAUGGACUGCAGUGGACUCGUAGACCCGACGUCGCAGAACAUGAACAUGGUGGGCGUUUUCUCGUCCUCGAUAGGAAAGCGACAUGAUUCGUUGGAUUCAGACUAUCGUGCGUCGAGUACAAGUGUCACGGGCCCAGGAGAUACAAUGAAUAUGAAAAGGAAGAUGUACAAAUUGGAGAUUGAGGAGGAAAUUGCUCUUCGCUGUGAAGUUCACGAGGUGAAGCGGUUCAAGAAGCGCGCACGCGCCUUCCGUAAAGAGAACGACCCAACGGCGGCUGCAAACCCUUUUGUAGAGUUUUUGCACAAGGAAUUUGAGCCCGAGUUUGCAGGCUGGAUUUUAUUACGUUUCGUGCGCUCGCUGAAGAGUGCAGAGAAGCGUGAGGCGUUGUGUGCUGCGGGUGGCCUUUCCGUUGCUUCAAUUGAUACGGAUGACGUGAAGGAGAGCAAGUCGCAGCGCCAGAACCUCCUUAUGAGCAUGCCAGAAGAAGAGGCUGAUCGCCGGUCCAAGACAUAUGCAGAGCAAAAAUUGAAGAUUUUCUCUAACAUUGAAAGCCGCGCGAGCGAUCUUGCUGUUCCUGGACGGAUAUCCCGGAAGAAAGCCAAUCGUCAGAUUCUAGAACGAGUAAAUGCGCUUUCGAAUGGUGAUAUGGACACGGUGGACAAGUUCAAGCAAGCAGCCAAGGCACUUGGAAACCAAGAGAUGACGGGCCAGGCUUUUGUCGAUUUCCUGCGCUCAAUGUUUGGCAAACAGGGGGCGGAUGAGCUGCUGCUACUCGUCGUUGAGGUCAUUCCGCAACCGCAGUUGCAGCAAGAGCUACGCGUUGCUUUGGCGCGGUAA